GUGGUGCGCUACCGAUGGAUGAAACUAGCAGAAACAGUGCUAUGCUCGAUAUCGAGGGAGUUAGACAGCAAUCGGACAUCGACGCACUACGGGUAGACAAUCGUGCGAAAGAGAGCUAUAAACAGAUAAGCGAAGGAGACAUUCAUCGCCAUCAAAGUGCUGGGCUUGGCUCUAUGACCAAGAAAAGCGACGCGUACGAGGAGAAUAGCAUCAAUAUGCCACGUGAAAACGCAGCGAGUGUCAAGGAGGGCGAGGAGGAAAGAAUGUUAAAUGGCGGUGGCGCCGAAAGUGGGGCUUCCGCCGUUGGCCGCUGCGACGAGGAGGCAUCCGAAAAGGACAAACUAGCGCAGAAGGAAGUGGAGGUGAAAUUCAUCUCCUCGAAAAACGGAGGCGUUCGCAUCGAUCUGGAGCUGGAGAGCCAGCAAACGUUCUCCGGUAUGGCGAAGGAGGAAUUGAUGAGGUACGCGAACGAUCCAUUCUGGGUGCGCCUCCGUUGGCUGCUGUUUGUAUUAUUUUGGGCUCUUUGGGUGGCAAUGCUGCUUGGUUCGUUUUACAUCAUCUACGACGCACCUAAAUGUGCCGCUCCGGUACCGCUGACCUGGUGGCAACAGGGACCACUGAUCGAGAUAGACGAGAGCCAAUACCAAAAUCAAAUCGAGGACAUCGUGCGAUACGGAGCAAAAGGCGUAAUCUAUCAGUUACCGGCAGACGAAACUUACUUCAUCGAUUCAUCUCCGGUAAAGGAGAAGCUCGAGCAGCUGGUCACGGCGUUCCGAUCCAGAAAAGUCGAAGUCAUCGUCGAUCUUACACCUAACUUCGUAACGAAGGAUGAUCCCCUUUUCCGGGAGGCAAUAGAGCGUCCUGAGAGUGAUGCACGCAAUGCUUUCAUAUGGAGGGAUGCUGCGAAAGCACCGAACUGGCUGUCGAUUGUUGAGGAGGGCCGAGCUUGGAAGAACGUAUCCUCUGGCCAGGCUAUUCUAUCCCAAUUCGGCACGGAUCGCUACGACCUACAACUAAACGAGCCGAUCGCCAAGACCAAACUGAAGUUCACCAUCGAGCACCUUAUUUCUCUUGGCGUUCGUGGAGUGCGGCUCGCGAAUGCCAAACACUUUAUCAUCAACCGCGAUGGAAGCGACGAGUCGCCCAUGAACAUCGAAGAAGCGGACAAAUCUCUUUCGCUCACCGACUAUGGCUUCUGGACUCACAAGGAAACGACUUAUCGCGAAGGACUUGGCGAGUUGUUUCACGAAUUGGCUGGUAUAGUGCACGGUUUGCUUCACGAAAAUGGUUUCAUUUCGGUCACCGAAGACAUUCUGCGACCGGAAGUGUUCGCCGUCAAUGGAACUUUACCUAUUGAUAUACCCCUUUACGGCAAUAUUGAGUUCGAUCUACGCGAAGGUACCGGCCCAAAUGUAACAAAAAAGCUGCGUCACGACAUCGAGAAUGCAUACCGUACAGUGAAGAGCUACAGUGCUUAUGGCGGUGGCAAACCUUGGCUUCAGCUGCGCUAUAACAGAGCCUCCAUGGAGCACCUUGGCGCAUCCGAAUACACUAUUUUUAACUUCCUACUACCGGGUGUUCCUGUGCUACCAUUAGAUGUGCUCACUACUAAUAACGUUUCCCAAGAGACAAUCGAAACGCUGGAAAAGUUCCGCGGCUCAUCGUCGUUCCAACACGGACAGUUCAGCAUGUACAACGAUGCGAACCUAACUUCUUUAGCGUACAUCCGGCUUAAAUCGGGCAACCCCGGAUUCCUAGUAGCGCUAAAUCUAGCUCAAGAAGAAGCCAAGAUGGCAGAUUUCAGUGGCAUAGAUGGAAUAGGCAGCGAACUGACUGUCGUCCUGAGUAGCCACAAUUAUGCUGUCGCAAACAUUGUCGCAAAGACAAAGGUACCUGUCAAUGCCAUACCCUUAUCGCCGCAGUCGGCAAUCAUUGCAACGUACGUACCGACUAAGUAACGGGACGAGUAACGUACAAUGAGAAUAUGCAGCAUCUGAAUCUCCGAAAAUGGGGAACACAACACAGGAAAUAUCAGCAGUCGUUGAUGGACCAUGAACCCGCCUGUUUCGACGAUCAUUAUAUUAUAUUCGGUCAAUCACACAAAUCAUGAAUGUUCCAUAUAAAAAACAUGCAAAUGCGUAAUUAUUACGCACGCAUGCUUUGCGCUUUCUUGCUUUUUCUUGUUAUGCUCUUGAAGAGACGAAUGAUGCAUGCUUUCUCUCAAUGUCUCCAUAAUCUUAACAGCAUUGCUAUACUCUAUCAUUCAAUGUUAAAUUCGCUCCGUACUAAAGAUCGCUUGUUUGACGGUUUUGCCAUACUGUUUGGCAUUCCUCAUCCGGGGCUAGCAUGUACGUGAGAGCGGCAACAAUAAAUCAAAUAAAAUCUUCUAUUGCAUUACA